AUGCAAGCACCGGAACAAGCGUCUAUAGCCGCUUUAGAGGAACUCUUACUUGCUGUCAGGGACAUGAACUCCACCGUGGAGAGUCUGCAGUCGAAAACUCAAGAACUCAGCGAGAAACUGCGUCUCGUGGAGCAGCUCGCUUCGGCGAUUGAUACUUCGCUUCGAGCUGCUGUGUACGAGUCACGAACACUGGGGCCCGAGUGGAAAGACGAUUCUUGUGAUGCCUCUGCUCCACACGCGGGCGGUUGA